AGCGCACCUCUCUUCUCCAUCUCGGUACUUUACACCUUCCUCCUUCAGGUCCUCUGGUCAACACGGCCGACGAUACCUCAGCCCUUUGCGACCAUCUCUCGCCCACCAUUUGGAUAAGUUCCUAGCCUUCCUCAUCUCUUUACGAAUGUGUCUUGCUCGCAUCCCCUAUCACCACUCCUCCGUCAGCGCCGUAAUGCACCCCUUCUCACGGCACCCUGCGGAUCAGCAUCAAGACGACCAGCAGCAGCAUCAGCAGGCGGCUUCUCAUCAAUCGUACCAAGCUCAUCAGUCUACGCAUUCAGCAUACGGGACCGGCAGCUCAGCUCUCAGUGUUGGCACGGGAGCUGCCUCUACCGCGACAUCGAUGACAUCGCCCAUUCCAAGCUACGGCUGGGCGCCGAAAGCAGAGGAUGGCGCUGGCAGCAGCUCAGCCAUCUCCACGCCUACAAUGCCUAGCAGUAACAACAACAGCAUGAGGUUCUUCUCUUCAUCGCUCUGGCCGCCGCAGAGCACAGCGGGCUCGUCCUCAACAUCUUCGUCCAAUGCUGGCAUCACUGCUAUUGGAGGAGGAGCCGUCUCGUCUACGCCUCUUCGACCUCUUCAGCACCAACAGCAGGACCAGCACGACACGACUCCCUCAGCCUCCGCAGCAACAUCACUCUCUUUCCACAACGGCUCGCCAGGACAGACUCAAUUCGACCCUUCACCCAGCAUGUCAACCAAUACGCCCCUGCCUAUCUCAUCGGCAUCGUCUUCUCGACCAAACAGUGCGCGUCCAAGCAACGCUGGAUCCGCAACUUACGGCGCUCAGUCGUCGACAGCGAUGCCGAGCCUUCACUCGACGGCGCUUCUUGGCCAGCAGCAGCAGCAGCAGCACUCUCCUUCGUCUUAUGGAAUUGCCCGUGCCCUGCCAUCAACUUCUCAGCACCAGCCACACGCUCAACCAGCAUACAGGCAUGGCUCUACCCUGUUCCCGGAUUCACGAACGGCCAUGGGCCCGCCAUCGAACCAACCUAGUUACUACGCAGACUCAUCGACGUCUUCAUUAGCCUCACUGAAUGGAACGAUGCAGCCGCCGCCGCAGCAACACAUGCAGGACAUGUCGCUGAGAGCCGCUCACCAGGAUGGUGUGGCAAAGAAUCAGCUUUCACCGUGGUCGUCCGCCUCUUCGACGUCCAACAACUCCGGCCAGUAUCACUCUCUUCCCUUUGUGGGCCAUUCAAGCAGCCACGACCUUACCAAUGGCAUGAUGCAGCCAGUCCACAUGAGCGGCAACGGCACCUCUCGUGCAUCCGGAGCACCCCUUUAUGAAUCUUCGACGUCGUAUCGAAGCAUGCCAUUGAUGUGGGAUGGAGCGGGCCAGAGCGAUGUCAAUGGCAACAGCACCAUACUGGGACUCAACGGAGCAAGCGGCCAGCAGCACUCGACUUGGUUGAGUGGUCACGACUCCCUGAACUCGAUGCAGCCAGGGUCAAUAACCGCCUUUCCUCCUUCUAUGAUGACCUCUCUGCCCCCUUCCUCAACCAAUGGCGGCGUCGCAGCUCAGGGUUGGCAAUAUCAAGACGACGAGGCUAAAUGGCAAGCAGUGAUGAACCGAUCUCUGCACGCAGAUCGCCACUUCUUGUACGCAUCCACGUCCGCUCAAACGUACUGCCGCCCUUCGUGCCACGCCAGCGCAAGCGCUACGAAGCAUCGUCAACCUCCUCAGUACCUCAACCAAGGGCAUCCGAGAGGCAGUCGCUCCGACUGCAUUCGCUUCUUCUCCCAGCCGGACGCAGCGAUCAAGGCUGAGGCGAUGGGAUUCAAGAGCUGCAAGCGUUGCCGCCCUGAGAUGGCCUACGGCCCUGGUAGCGCCGUCUCGGGCUCCCCGAUGGAUGGGCUUGGACUGACGGGCAUGGCCAGGUCAGCUGGUGUUGCGGCCGGUGGUGGAGAGCAUCAGCAUCAGCAUCGCACUGUCAUCGCGGUCAGGGAGUGCGUGCGAGAGAUGAUGCUCGUGGCCACGAACUGCAUUACAGAGGGGGACGGAGAGCCUAGGAAAAGGACGUUGAAGGACUACGCGGCCAAGGCAGGGCUGAGCACCUUCCACUUCCAUCGCUCCCUGACGAAACUCAUGUCCCUGACUCCGGGCGAUUUCUCCAAAGCAACGCAAUCGCUUCACCUGCAAGACAUGCUUGGUAUGGACAAUGCUGCCCCUGGUGCUGCCCGCGUCGACGACCACACCUUCAACGAAGCGCUGCGAGGCUGGUCAGUCAGACGUGCCAAGCGUGCUCUGGGCGGACUCGACCCGGGUAUGUACGCUCGUGGCGAGCUGGGCAACCGCACCAAGGUCGUGAGGACGACUAUCACCAACACUCCAUUCGGUGAGGUUGGCGUGGUGUACACGGCUGCUCCGAACCCGACCGGCAUCCAGCAUCAGGAUAUGAAGCAGCGCUACCAGCUCGGGGCAUCUCUAGCCGCUAGCGCAGCCUCUGCGGCUUGGUCGACGUCGCUGGCUCCACCUCGCCCAGACUCGCCCCACUCCACUGGCUCGCCAAUGAUGAGCACCUCGUCGGCGGACAGAGUCAUCUACGCACUCGUCCUCUCAGGACACGGCACCAACGUCGACGGGCGUCUCGCUCGCCGUUUCCCCACAUCCAUGCCAGGCGAUACUGCCUCGGCGGCCGAGCUCCGCGACUUGGUGACGGAGGUGAUGCGCUCCGGUGUCCGAGAGGGCGAUCUGGCUGACGAGACCAAGCAGGCAGUGAGGCGUGCUCGAAUCUGGGUUGCCGUCAAGAGGACGCUGAAUGGUAGUGGCGGGCGUGGCGGGUCUGGUGGGGCGAAUGGCAAUGGUGCUGCAGGGUCGGAUGAGAGGGAUGGGGAUGAGAUGGAUGGGUUUGAUUGAGUGGAUAGAGAAAGAGGCGACGGCGCCGAAGCGGAUAAUUGGUGGAUGGGACUGGCUAGGGAAGCAAGACAGUAGCGGACAAGGCCGUCAGCGGAGGACUACACCAACAAGCAUCGUGACUCCAACAUGGUUGUGCUGACUCACGUCCAGCGAUCGCCAUUCUCAGCACGCGGCCGCCUCGUCAUCAGCGUCACGUUGUGCACUAGGCUCA